AUGCUUGAUGCUGCAAGAGAAUAUUUUGUUGAACUUCAGACUUGGCUCCUGGGUUCUGGUGGCAAACAUGAGGAUAAUCAAAAUUAUAAUACUAAAAAACUAGCAGCAUUCAUGAUUGUUGUGUGGCCUAUUAACACUCAUAAAAAACCAAACUGA